AUGAUCGGGGGUAUUUUCCCGGUUUUCAACAAAGAGAUAAGUAGCACUUUUACGUUCGAGAGCAAGCCACCUGGAGCGAAGUGUGAAGGAAUUGACCUGCGAGCUUUCCGAUGGACCCAAGUGAUGAUAUUUGCAAUUGAAGAAAUCAACAAAGAUCCAGCUCUCCUGCCAAACAUAUCUCUCGGCUAUAGGAUUCUCAACUCGUGUGCAUCUCCUACAAAUACUUUACGUGCUGCACUAACACUGGCUAGUGGACCAGAGGAGAUGGAACUGAAUUGCCCUCCAGCUAUAUCUGCCCUCAUAGCAGAGUCAGGAUCAUCUCAGUCUUUAGCUGUGGCUGGAACUCUAGGACCAUUUCAAGUGCCCAUAGUAAGUUACUUCUCAACAUGUGCCUGCCUGAGUGACAGAGCGAAAUAUCCCACCUUUUUUCGGACAAUCCCCAGUGACUACUUCCAGGCAAAAGCACUGGCAUCACUUGUCAAACGUUUUGGCUGGCAGUGGAUUGGGGCCAUCCAGUCAGACAAUGACUACGGGCGAAAUGGGAUACUGGCUUUUACUGAGGAGGUCAAAAAGCAUGGGGUUUGUAUUGCAUUUGUCGGGACAAUUCUACGUACGUACACUAUGGAUAAAAUCCUGGAUGUUGUGGAAAUGAUCAAGCAGUCGACUGUGAAAGUGAUUCUCGCUUUUGUUCCAGAGGGUGACUUUUACCCUUUGAUGAAAGAGGUUGUGAAACAGAACAUUACAGGGAUUCAGUGGAUUGCCAGCGAGGCCUGGAUAACAGCAGCUCGACCCUCCACACCUGAAAUCUACCGAGCUUUUGGUGGAGCCCUGGGAUUCGUGGUGCAAAAGAUGGCUAUUCCAAAUCUAAAACCAUUUCUUACAGGCAUUAGCCCUUAUGCUGAUCCAACUGCAGCCUUUGUGAGGGAUUUCUGGGAGAUUAUGGUCACUGAUCACCUACAAAGGGUGAAUUUUACGAAUCAGUUUGGGGAUGAUGUGUUUUUUGAUGCCAAUGGUGACCCUCCUGCUUCUUACGAUAUUAUCAACUGGCAGCUGAUAGAUGGGCAGGUCCCGACGUCAGUGUGCUCUAAUAUUUGUCCAGUAGGAACCAGGAAAGCUCAAAUAAAGGGAAAACCCACCUGCUGUUUUGACUGUAUCCCAUGUGCUGAUGGAACUAUAGCCAACUCAACAGGUGCAACCGACUGCACACCCUGUCUGCAGGAAUACUGGUCCAAUGAGGGGAAAGAUGAGUGCAUUCCUAAAACGAUUGAGUUCCUGACAUAUCACGAGCCGUUGGGAAUAGCUAUCACAGUUGUGUCCCUGCUAGGAGCCUCCCUGUCGCUGGCCACAAUGAUGGUCUUUAUCCACUAUAAAGAGACUCCUGUGAUAAAGGCCAGCAACUCUGAGCUGAGCCUUUUCCUGUUGUUUUCUCUUUUUCUGUGUUUUCUCUGUCCCCUCACUUUCAUCGCCAGACCCACAGUCUGGACCUGCAUUUUCCGUCACACAGCUUUUGGCCUGACAUUUGCACUUUGUAUUUCCUGCGUCUUGGGAAAAACUAUUGUCGUUGUUACAGCUUUCAAAGCCACAUUUCCUGGCAACAAAUUUGCAGGGAAGUUUGGUCCUGCACAGCAAAGGAUCAUAGUUUGCUCAUGCACUUUGAUUCAGAUAUUGAUAUGUGUGUUGUGGCUUAAGUUAAAUCCGCCUUUCCCAGACAUGGUUUUCAGAUACAGCAAUAAGAAGAUUGUUUUAGAAUGCAACACAGGCUCUGAGGCUGCUUUCUAUGCAGUGCUCGGGUACAUAGGGAUCCUUGCAAUAAUCUGUCUGGUCCUGGCAUUUCUAGCAAGAAAGUUGCCUGAUAACUUUAAUGAAGCCAAAUUUAUAACAUUCAGCAUGCUGAUAUUCUGUGCAGUCUGGAUCACCUUUUUCCCAGCGUAUGUCAGCUCUCCUGGGAAGUUCACUGUGGCUGUGGAAAUAUUUGCUAUUUUGUCUUCAGCAUUUGGUUUAUUUAUAAGCAUUUUUGCACCUAAACUUUACAUAAUAUUAAUCAAGCCAGAGGAAAACACCAAGAAACAUGUCAUGAGGAAAACCUUAAACCAAAAAAUAUGA